GAGUUUAUAAAGCUGCAGAGACUCAAAUGGUCUGAAGGCGUAUCGGCCAGUGAUGGUAGACGUCACAGAGCUAGAGACAGAAGCCUAAGGAUAAAGAAAGAAGCUAAUAAACAGUUAGUUUUUUCCUAAGGCCUAAUAGCCAAACAAUUCUUAAGACAACAGGAUGUUUAAAAAUGAAGAUGGAUUGUCCAACUGACUACAAGUGUGCAGCACAUUCACAAAUAAGUUGCAGGGCUUAAUAAUUAUUCUUACAAUAUGCUAAGCUAAUUACUGCUACUUACUUGUCAUGCAGUACAACCUAACAAAUAUAAUGUGGAGCUGGUUUGGGAACUUUUACACACUGAAGAAAUCACAUCAUGACACAGUGUUUUAUUCUUCUUAUACAACAACAAUUUGCUCAUAAUUACAUUUGAAUUAACAAAAGAAGAACACUUUAAACUCUUUAUCCCUUUACAGCUGCAUCUAAUGUGGAGAUACAUCCUCAAACUAGCUAGUUAUUGUUACCACAUUAUAACAGCUUGAAUGUCUUGUAAGGAAUCGAAAGUGAAAAAAUGUUAAUGAUUAUUUUUAAUAAAUUUUUAAAAUAGUUAUUUUAUAAUAUACUUGGGAAAUGUGUGUAGAGCCCUGCUAAAAUAAGGGCCUAAUAAUUAUUUAGUUUGUGUUUUAUUUUGCAGUAAAUCGUUAAUUAUUACUUUCAAACAGAAAAGAAAUAAGUAAGGGAAAUACUGUUAUAAAAAAAAAAGGGUUUUGUAUUGACCAAUGAGGUGGGUUUCUCGCUGACCUCUGGAGGUCAGGGGGAGGAGCGGGAAAGGAAAAAAAAAAGGAGGAAGUGAGUGAGUUGGUCGGAGGACACGAGGUGGCCGACAAACGUGUGCACAUCGGCGGUUCGGGAAAAAAAUACUGUGGCAUUUGACAAAAACCUAACAACUGAGUUUGCAGACGACAUAAAAGGACAUCUAGCAGAUAAUAGACUGCUGAACAAAAAUAAACCGGAAAUGAACUCUGUGAGGAGCGCAUGGUGAGAGUGGCUCCGCGUGCGUGCGUGUGUUCCCGCGACAGACAAAAAGGAUAUCAAGUGCUUUUCAUCUGACUGCUUAACGGUUUGCAACGCGAAUGGUCGUGUACAGUGUUUGAGCACCGGAGAAACUAAGGAUACGAAAUUCGACAGGAGAUACCACAGGCCACGUGGAGACUUCUACUGCAUCUUGGCUUCGUUUUCAUCGUUGGAUGGUGGGCGCUUCUCUUUUGAGCUUCCAUGUUCCAUUGGAUUACGUGAGUACUACAGUAUAAAGUGUUCACCUGAGCUCCAACUAAGUGCACCAACGAGACAUUUAAAUCCCAGCUGGGUAACAUUACAUUUGUGGGGUUUUGGGUUGUUUUAUUUACACUUGUUUCAGAGAAUAAAUGUUUGUUUAUUGUUUCUACGUUACAAUCCCCUGUGAUUUGCUUCUUUAAGCAAAGAGGUUGGUGAAAGGCCUGUUAUGUAACUUUUUUGAGAGUGAUGCUAUUGUAAUUUACUAUUAAGUGAUUUAUUAUUAUUAUUUACUGUUACUAUUUACUAUUAGGUGGUUAAUAUUUUCUGAGUGAUAGAGGAGAAAUAAAAAAAUUAAAGAAACACUGAAGUCUGAAGCCCGAUGUUAAACACAGCAGUUUGAGUUACUUUGGUAGUACACAUCACACCUUCGGUAAAUUUAGAUGUGCCUCUCACGUAUAAAAUCAUUUCCCUAGACAGAUCAGAGCCAGUUAAUCGGUGAGAGGGCUACAUUCGUGGGGGCUCGUCCGGGAUCCAGAUCACUGUUUUUUUAUUUAUUUCUCUUCUAUCUUGGUAUAUUAUUUUGAUGGCAAAUCCUGAAAAGUCACGGGUUGUUUGAUGCAUGGAAUCUUCUUUUGUUGAUUUAAGUGGUUAAGACAUUUAAGGCUGAGCAGUUAUUAUUCAUCUAAAUAUUAUCUCACGGCACAGAUGAGCAACAUGGAGGUAAAUAAGGUCAUUGCAUGGUGUAGAGAAACAGAUGUUCAGCUUGAGAACGCACUUAUUUUGAGCAACGUACCUUCGGAUUGUGAAGAUAUGAUGGUGUACAAUGUGCUUGAUAAAGUUCAAGGUAUGGGUAGAUGCAAAGUGCGUGGUCGUCAUCCUGAUCCGGGUGAGCAGCAACAUUUUGUUUUAAUUGAAACUGCUAGGAAAGUUUCUGAGAUACCUAUUCCUGCUGAAAUUGGAGGAUCUGAUGUAGGUACCUGGUAUACCCAGAUCGUUAAUGUCACAAAUCAAACACCUGAACAAAAUAGGGGGGAUGAGUUUCAUUCUAAACUGUUCUCAUUCCUAGAGAAAGAGGGUAAAUCUUUAGCUGAUGUUCAGACUAUGGUUUCUCCUUCACUUAGCCUGAGCACUGAGCUUGUUGGUGCCAUUAACUCCUUGGUUCAGAAGUGUAAUGUGGCUACACCUGCUGAGGGUCCAAGCUAUAGGAAACUGCGUACGUUCUCUGGGGUGACACCUACACCCAGUGGUGAGGAUGAGUAUGAAGCAUGGGCUGAACAGACCACUCACAUUCUUGAAGAGUGGCAGUGUUCUGACAACCUUAAGAAACAAAGACUUGUUGAGUGUCUUAGGGGUCCUGCAGCCGAUAUAGUGAGGUUUGAAAAGGUUGCAAAUCCAACAGCUUCCUCUGGCGAUUAUCUCAGUGCAUUAGAGACAGUAUUUGGUACCACAGAAAGUGCUGCAGAUCUGAUGGUGAGGUUUAGGAGUACUUUUCAGAACGAGGGCGAAAAACUCUCAGCAUACAUAUUGAGGUUGGAUAAAUUGCUGCACAGUGUGUUACGCAAAAGAGGCAUUGAUCUCUCUGAAAUGAAUCAGCUUCGUAUGCAGCAGAUAAUCAGAGGAGCACUUCCAACUGACAUGGUAGCUUUACGGUUCAGGAUGACACACAAGCUAUGUGACCCACUUUCUUUCACUGAUCUUUUGAAAGAGGUCAGAGAGGAAGAGAAUAUGAUGCACAGCAGCACCUCAGUUCAGGCCAAUGUUGCUUUGUCUGCCGCGUCCUCUGUCAAGAGUGAGACCUCUGUUAAAACCAAUUAUACUGAGUCUGAGGUUGAGAGACUAAAGAAGGAAGUUAGGGGGUUGAAGAGUGAGAUGUCUCGUCUAUUGACUGCAGCAACUGAAACUGUAACUCAUGGGUCUUCUGAAAGUCAUAGCUUAGCAACUGGUGAGAGACGAUCAACAAACAGAGCCAGGGGUAGCAUAAGCUAUUUCUGCUAUAGGUGUGGUGAAGACGGGCACCUAAAGCGGGAUUGUGUGAAUGAGGAAAAUUUAAGAAAAGUGAAUGAACGCCUCAUAAAACUCAAACGGCAGUCGGGAAACUUCCCCGGGGCUCGGUAG